AUGGCACCGGGGGCCGACGAAGCACUGUACGAGAUCCACCGGCACGCGUCGGGAUCCCACGUGAUCCCUCAUCAAGAAGAAUACCAAGGUGCUGCGACAAGUAGUGGUAGCUCAGAUGCUGGAGGAGGCGGCGUCCUCUCCUAUCUCUCCUUGCAAGGUGUGAGCAAACUUAAGGAAAGGUGGGCUAGGUACAGUGUGCUGGGGAAGAGUAGGCAGAGGAAGAGGGGCGAUGGCGUGGCACUGUUUGUCUCACCAAACGCGGAAUAUGUGUCUGUAACUGUUGGGAAUCGCAUCAUCAUCUUGAGGAAAGGCGAUGGCUAUGCAUCACCUUGCGGUGUUUACACAAGUAAUGACAGAAUAACAUUUUUCACAAAUGGGGCUUGGCUGGAGGCUCAAGGCAUUUUUGGUGUGGUGGAUGACCUAAGCACACUUUACUUGAUCAAAGAAAAUGGGGAGUUAUUAGCAAGGAGGACAUGCGAUCAGUUGAAGCUAUCUUCUUCCAUUAUUGAUCUGGUUUUGCAGGAUGCUUCAAACUUGCUUAGGCCAGGUUUCUACAUUUUUACAAGUGACUGCUUGGUUCAUAGAUUUGAUUACACUGAAGAACCUGAGGCCAGUUUAUGCGAAGUUCCCAUAUCAACUAAAGAUGUGAUGUCAGCUAAGACUGUCCAGUUACCUCGAAGUUUAUCGUGCAUCGAUUACCAUCAAUGUCACUCACUAUUUGUCCUAGUUGGAGAUUCCAAUGUUUCAUUUAGCUCCAGUAGUUAUUCUGGAACCUAUUUUAUGUAUCUAUUACACGUCAACAAAAAUAUGGAACUUAGUCUUUCAUUUCAAAGCCAGCAGUUGGAAGGGGUAUUUUCUCCCCUAAAGGAUCAAAGAACCUUUGUUUCAUUCCCAAAAAUCAGGAUCUCACCUCAGGGAAAGUAUAUUGCUACGUUGGAUUUGACUGGUUUUGUAAACUUCUUUUCACUUGAUGGUGACAUGUGCACUGUUUCACUUCAUACUCUUGGAAAUGGUAGAAGCCUAAUUGAUGUUAAGGACAUCAGGUGGUGGACAGAUAAUGUUCUCAUGUUGGUAAGAAAAGAUGGUAGCAUUAGCAUGUACAGCAUCACUGAAGACAGGAUGGUUUCCAAAGAUGACCCAGUUUUAUCUACACCAGUAUUGGAGAAGGCAAAGGCUACUGAAGGACAUGCUUUUGUUUUGCAAUCUAAGAGAUAUGGAACAAACACUCCAGUUAAUAAGCAGAUGGAUAGUGACUCGGAACCUAGCCUGCUUAGUGGUUCUGGGGAGCACCAACAAACAGAAAUGGCUGAAAUGUCCUGGAGUCUGAUAUCGUUCUCCAAAGUUACAGUAGCAGAAAUGUACUCUGUCCUGAUAAGAGAGAAACGAUACAAGGAGGCUUUAGAUUUUGCUUCAAGAUAUAAUCUAGAUAAGGAUGAAGUUCUUAAAGCAUGCUGGUUGCACUCUGACGGCGAUACUCAUGAGAUAGACUUGUACUUAGCAAAAAUUAAAGACCAAGUAUUUGUAUUAUCAGAAUGUGUAAACAAAGUUGGGCCUACAGAAGCAGCUUUAAGGGCUCUACUUUCUUUUGGACUUUGUAUAACUGACCGUUACAAAUUUUCUGAGUUGGAUAACAGCAGUAAAGGUCCAACAUGGGACAGUCACAUCAUUAGGCUUCGUUUAUUGCGGCACAGAGACAUGUUAGAGACAUUCUUGGGAAUUAAUAUGGGAAGGUACGCAGCAGGAGAAUAUAGCAAAUUCCGUUCAAUGCCAUUGGUGGAAACAGCCAUAGCAUUAGCCGAAAGUGGCAAAAUUGGGGCUUUCAAUCUUAUAUUCAAGCGUCAUCCAUAUACUAUCUCUUCAGAUAUUUUACGUGUUUUGUCUGCUAUCCCAGAAACUCUUGCUGUUCAGACUUAUAGUCAGUUGCUACCAGGGAAAUCCCCUCCCAGUGUUGUCAUAUUGAGAGAUGGUGAUUGGGUUGAAUGUGAACAGAUGGCUUCAUAUAUAAACAAUUGCCCUGCCAAGUUGGACAAGAUUGGAGAGAUCAAAACGGAAAUACUUGUAAAGCACUCAAAAGGCUUUUCAUGGCCUUCAGUUGCUGAACUUUGUGUGUGGUACAGGAACAGAGCAAGGGACAUUGACUGCUUAAGUGGACAGCUGGAAAACUGUCUGGCCAUGAUAGAGCUUGCAUGUCAGAAAGGCAUCAUAGAGUUGCAGCCAUUCUUUGAUGAUAUUAAAUGCCUCUACCAGGUUGUAUAUUCUAACGAGUUGAAUGAGUUUACAAUGAAUCUUUUGACAUGGGAAGAUCUGCCUGAUUAUGAAAAGUUCAAAAUCAUCCUCAGAGGAGUCAAAGAAGAUACAGUUGUUCAACGGCUAGAAGAAAAUGCUAUCCCUUUUAUGAAGAAGGGAUUAUACUCAACCUCCUCAAAUAACGAACGCAAACAAGAAUCCUACCUGGUUAGAUGGCUGAAAGAGGUAGCUGCUGAAAAUGAGCUUUUGAUUUGCUUAGCUGUCAUUGAAAAUGGUUGUGGGGAGUCACCAAUAUAUGGGCUCUUCAAGGAUCUUGCUGAGAUGAUAGAAACAGCUGUUCACUGCAUUUAUAUGUGCAGUGCAACUAACCAGUGGAAUACCAUGUCAUCAAUAUUAUCAAAGUUACUCUAUAAAACAAAGAGAGAGAAAUCUUUAGUGGCUAGUGAAGAAGACUGCAAUCUGAAAGAUGCUAAGCAUGCUCUUGGUUCUCCUGUGGUUUCUUAUGAGGAGAUGCAAUGUGUCUGUGCUGAUAUCUUAUCUGGUCUGGGCAAUGCUUCAGAAGAUUUUUAUCACUAUGAUUCAGUACCUUACGAACCUAAUAAUGUCAAAUAUCUUGAUAUAUUGGAGAAGAGGCUAAAAGUUGCUGAAGGCCAUGUAGAAGUAGGACGGCUCUUUACUUAUUAUCAGGUCCCAAAACCAAUGCAUUUCUUCCUUAGUGCUCACUUAGACGAGAAGAAUGUAAAGCAAAUUAUACGGCUGCUUCUAUCGAAAUUUGGCAGACGUCAACCUGGUCGAUCAGACAAUGAGUGGGCUAACAUGUGGCGUGAUUUGAAACUCUUCCAAGAAAAGGCAUUUCCUUUUCUUGAUUCAGAAUAUAUGCUGGCAGAAUUUAUCAGAGGGCUUUUGAAAGCUGGUAAAUUUUCGCUAGCCAGGAAUUAUCUUGGAGGAACCAGUGCUGUUUCUUUAUCCACAGAGAAGGCUGAAAAUCUUGUGAUACAAGCUGCAAGGGAGUAUUUCUUCUCGGCUUCAACUUUGUCUGGGAAUGAAAUUUGGAAGGCCAGGGAAUGCCUAAAUCUGUUACCUAAUAGCAAAAAUGUUCAAGCAGAAACUGAUAUAAUUGAUGCCCUUACUGUUAGACUUCCUUAUCUAGGGGUGACUAUCCUUCCUGUUCAGUUCAGGCAGGUAAAGGAUCCUAUGGAGAUCAUCUGCAUGGUGAUAACAAGUCAAACAGGUGCAUACCUUCAUUUUGAAGAGAUUAUUGAUGUCGCUAAACUUCUGGGAUUAAGAAGUGAAGAGGAAGUAGCGGAUGUGGAGGAGGCUAUUGCUAGAGAAGCUGUGGUAAAUGGUGAUGUUCAACUUGCCCUUGAUAUCUGUUUAAAUUUAACAAAAAAGAGUCAUGGUGCAGUGUGGGAUUUAUGUGCUGCAAUUGCUAGAGGCCCUCCACUUGACAAUUUGGAUACUGGUACCCGUGAAAAGCUAUUGGGUUUCGCUCUCAGCCAUUGUGAUGAAGAUUCUGUUGGGGAUUUGUUGAAUGCUUGGAAGGAGCUUCAUGCUCAUGGUAAAUUUGAGAAAUUAAUUAUUACAACGGCAACAAAUCCUCCCAAUUUCUUGAUUGAUGGAUCUUCAAUCACACCACUUCCUGUACAAAGUGUGCAAGACAUACUUGACCUGAGAGAUGACAGUGGCCAUGAUAGACAUAGAGAUCUUGUGGAAAUUGUUAAAGACAUGCUGUCAAAAGUUUGCUUGGACUUUUCAAUUGGAGACGCACAUAAUUGGGAGUCUAUGUUGGAAGAAAACCGGAAAUUGUUGUACUUUGGAGCACUGGAAUUACCAUGGCUUUUGAAAUUAUUCAAUAAUGAAGCGUGUGAUGGUGAAAUAACGGAUCAUCCCACUAGGAGAUGUCGAUUUUCAACAAAAGUAGAAGCAGCAAUCAGCAUCAUAUAUUGGUUAGCUGUAAAUGGUUUGGCCCCCAACGAUAAUAUAAUCAUGAUUCUUGCAAAGUCUGUAAUGGAGCCUCCCGUUGAUGAAGAGUUUGAUGUACUUGGCUGCUCGGUCCUUUUGAAUCUCAUGGACCCUUUCAAUGGAGUGAAAAUAAUAGAGGAGGAGCUAAAAAGACGAGAAUGUUAUCAAGAAAUUAGCAGCAUAAUGAGUAUAGGAAUGUUAUAUAGUUCCCUCAAUAAUUCUAAGAAAGAGUGCUCCACUCCUGAGCAGAGGAGAAAUCUGUUGCUUCACAAAUUUCAUGAGAAGUUCACCUCAGCCGAUACCGAUGAUUUAGACCAGAUUGAUAUGGCAAAUACAACCUUCUGGAGAGAAUGGAAAUCAAAGUUAGAAGAGGAGAAACAACUGGCUGAUCAAGCGCGGAUGCUCAAGCAAAUAUUACCUGAUAUUGACACAUCUCGAUUUUUGUCUGGUGAUGUUAAUUAUGUCAAAAGAGUAGUUUACUCCUUUGUUGGUUCUGUAAAGCUGGAGAAAAAACACAUACUCAAGGAAGCAGUAAGGAUAGCUGAGACAUAUGGCUUGCAACGAACUGAGGUGCUUUUACGAUUUCUCGCCUGCAGUCUUGUGUCCGAAUACUGGGAUAACAAUGAUAUUCUGAACGAAAUUUCUGAAUUCCGGGAGGACAUUGUCAGAUCAGCUAAGGGUGUGAUCGAUAUGGUAUAUUCAGAUGUCUAUCCGGAGAUAGAUGGGUAUAAUAAAGAACGCCUUUCUUACAUUUAUGGCAUUCUUUCAGCAUGCCAUUCAUAUCUGAAGAGGACAAAUGAGAUAGAAUUGAGAUACCCAGAGCAUGUGCAUACCCAUAAGCUUGAACCAUUUCAGUAUUAUAAGGUACUUGAGGAAGAGUGCAAGAAAGUCUGCUUCAUUGAUGGCUUGAACUAUAAAAACAUUGCUGGACUGGAUAAUCUGAACUUUGAGCAUUUCAAUGAAGAAGUAUGCAAGAAUAUCCAUGCCUCUACCGUCACUACUCUAGCUGAUAUGGUACAAUCUCUUGUGAGUAUGUAUGUUGAUGUACUGGCCAAGGGACUCAUAUCACAACAAGGUGUUUACAAGCACUAUGUUUUGGGGUUGCUGGCAUCAUUAGAAGGCCGCAGUGAAGCACAAUCGAACUGCACAGAUUAUGAAAAGUUGCAGGCUGCCCUAUGCGAAGUUGAGUUGAACUAUGAUAGUUGCAGGGAGUACAUCCAAGCUCUUCCAACCACAGAUAUUUCAUAUAUUGUAGGAAGGUAUUGCACCCUCUGCUUUCCAUCUAACUUAGCACGAAGCCAUCCACAGGAACCUUCGUGGAGGAAACCUCUUGCAACACUACUAGCAUUUUGGUCUAAACUUGUUGAUGACGUACCGGGGGAUUCAAUUGAUGCUUGCUCAUAUGAAAGAACAGACUACUUAAAUUCAAAUAGGUUAUCUCUGUGCAUAGGAGCUUUCAGGCAGCUAUUGAUAAAUGAUGAGAUAGCACUGCACCAAGGUUGGGAUGCCAUCUCCAUGUAUGUAAAAGACUGCCUUAGAAGUGGAAUGAUGAUGGAAACAUCAUGUUUUUGUAGAGCUAUGAUUCUAUCAGGCUGCAGUUUUGAAUCUGUAGUUGAAGUAUACUAUGGAGGACAAGGACAAUUAGGGAGUGAGAAUGCAGAUUCAAGCAAUUAUUUGGAUCUCUUAGAACUUUAUAAUGCUGCUACAGAAGAGUGUUUGUCGGAUUUGAGUGAGGAAUCUUGCGAAUAUCGAAUAUUGCUUCAUCAUUUGCUGUCGUCUUUGAGCCGGUCAACGGGAAAACAUGCUGGUACUCUAGACAUGGUCAGAUCUGGUGUUUGGGGGAAGUUAAUCCGCUUUUCAGAAGACAUGCAGCUAGAGAGCCAAUUACGAGUCUAUGCACUACAGCUGAUGCAAUGUAUCACAGGAAGAAACCUUAAAACUCUUCCAAAUGAGAUGGUGUGCCAGGUUGAGCCAUGGGAAUCAUGGUAUGAGCAUGGAGCAGGUGCUGCCAUGGCUGAUGAGAGUAUCAACUCCUCUAGCAGCAUCACAGGGACUCUUGUGGCACUUAGAUCUACUCAGAUGGUCACUGCAGUUCUGCCUGAUGCUAAUAUCACUCCAGAAAACCUAGCAACUCUUGGCUCUGCAGUAUCUUGUUUUUUAAAAUUGUCAGAACAUGCUUCUGCUGCGAACGUUGCUGUUUUGGAAGCAGUGUUAGAAGAGUGGGAGCAAUUGUUCUCCCCAAAAGAAGAGCAUGUUACGCCUCAUGAAUCACCAAAAGAAACAAGUGACUGGAGUGAUGGAUGGGAUGAUGGCUGGGAGGCCCUACCGGAAGAGCUAGAGAGUCCAAAGAAUAAACAAGAUGGUGUGUCGUUAUCUGUCCAUCCCCUCCACAGUUGUUGGAUGGAGGUUAUCAGAAAACGUGUUGAGCUUGGUGAGCUGCACAAGGUCCUUGAACUUCUGGACCGAGCAUCUGCGAAACAUAGCGUGUUCCUAGAGGAAGAAGAAGCACACAGCUUGGUUGAGCUUGUAUCUGCUCUGGACUGCUUCAUGGCUCUUAAAACUGUGCUGCUACUCCCAUAUGAAGCUCUGAGACUGCAGUGCCUGCAGAUGGUGGAGGUGAAAAUGAGGGAAGGAAUCGUGUCCACCUCAUCAAAUGCUGAUGAUCAUGAGCUCCUUGCCUUGGUUCUUUCCUCUGAAACUGUGCAGAAGAUCACCACAGAAGAGGCAUACUCUAAUUUUUUCUCUUACAUAUGCCAUCUUGUCGGGCACCUUGCAAGGUCAUUCCAGACUGAUCUCCUCGUACAAUGGAACGAUGAAGCGACAUCUAAGAUCAACAGAUCUUUACUGUUCGGUAGAGUUUUGUUUCCAUGUUUUGUAUCUGAACUGGUCCUCAGAGGGCAGUAUCUUCUGGCUGGGUUCGUCAUCUCGAGAUGGAUGCACACACAUCCAUCCCUGGGCCUGAUGGAUAUCACUGAGACCAGUGUGCGACGCUUCCUUCAAGGCCAGGUUGCCCAAGCUGAGCUGGUGGGAGGGAGCGACGCUGCUUUCACUGACGGUGAAGUUUGUAUAAGGCACAUAAUCUCCACCCUACAGUCGAAACUUGUUUCUCUUCUGCAGUCCGCACUGGCAGCCCUCCCGAACCAGGAGUUGUAG